AAAAAAAAAGAAGAAGAAGUAAAUUUGGACCUUUUCCCUUUCAAAAAUACACUCCAUUUGUUUACGCGAAAGGCCUCCAAAAUUCGGACCCUGUUAUCGCUUGAAUUUCAAAUUGAAGGCAGUCUCCAAUUAAAUUCCAUUCUCGUUGGGCAGUGAACUUGUUGUCCUCUUUCUCCAUUAAAUUCCAUCUAUUUUGGGUAGCUGAACUCGGAAAAGACACGCGAACUGACGAGAUCUUCCCAUAGAAAUAGAAAAUGUUGUUUUUUUCAUACUUCAAGGACAUGGUGGGCAGAGAAGUGACAGUGGAACUGAAGAAUGAUUUGGCUAUCCGAGGCACGCUCCAUUCAGUUGAUCAGUAUCUCAACAUUAAGCUCGAAAACACAAGGGUCGUUGAUGAAGACAAGUACCCUCACAUGCGUUCAGUGAGGAACUGCUUCAUCAGAGGAUCAGUGGUGAGAUACGUCCAGUUACCUCCAGAUGGAGUCGACAUAGAGCUGCUUCAUGAUGCUACGAGGAGAGAAGCUCGUGGUGGCUAAAAUCUGAGACUUUCAAAAGUGGAUGUACUUUAACAAAAGAUUUUGAGUGGGUAAUCAGCAUGUACUGAUUGUCUUUGUUAAAUGUAUUUUCAGAUGCUAUUGCAUGCAGUGCUUCCUAUUCUGCUUUUCCUCCUCUCCA